UUUGAAGGUCUGUCCGUGGACCAUCGUGGAGAAGUACGAGAGGUUUGUCAUGGGAGGGUGAAAACAUGGCAAAAGGCGGAACAAACCGGUGUGUGUGCCCGGAUACACGCUGUAGCGGCUCGCCCGCACUGCAGAUUAACUCUUGAGCCGCCAGAGAUGCUCAACACUGGGGAACAGAAGCCGCUGCAUCGUCCUUUGUUUUUUAGGAACCUGUCGUUGCGCGUAGAUAUUUCUAGAUAUUGAUGAUUUGAGCGUCAGCUUCAGGAUGUUACCGCUUAUAAUCGAGAGGACCGGCACAGCUCUUCUGAUUGAUUCGGACCGGUAAUGAUGAUGCUGAUGGUGAAUGGACAGCUCCUCGUUUGAGCGUUUUUGUAGAAGUGGAGUAGGUGACAGAUCCAUCUCAGCUCUCCAAACAAACAAGCAAAAAAAUAAACCCCAUCUACCUCAGACAAGAUCAAGCUCCACACAACCUAUCAACAGACCCGCCUGCUCGGGCUCAACGCAAUGCUUUCUUUGUGACUAAGAAGAUCCAAUUUUAUCCUUCAGCACCUCUUAGAUAUAACACAACUCAUUAUAUUGUUGCAGGGAACAGCCCUCAGCCAAUCCAGUGGCUGACGGGGUAGAAGGAGGAGCCAUCAGGAGUGUUGUGAGGUUAGUGGUGAGCAGGCUGCUGGUGCCGAAUGCAGAACAUCCUUGAGCAGAACUUGGACAUGGCCACGGCUCUGCUCGCGGGUGAGAAGCUCAAGGAAUUGAUCCUGCCAGGUUCCACACAGGAUGAGAAGGGCGGGGUACUCGCAGGUCUUAUGGUGCAGCUCAAACUAGAGUUGCCCUUUGACCGGGUCGUCACCAUAGGAACUGUCAUCAUCCCUAUACUGUUGGUCACAUUAGUUUUCACACGGAACUUUGCAGAGGAAUCUAUAUAUUGCUACACACCUCACAACUUCACACGAGAUCAGGCCCUGUAUGCCAGAGGCUACUGCUGGACAGAGCUGCGGGAUGCGGUGCCCGGCGUUGACCCUGAACUUCGGCUCUCCUUAUUUGAACACAAGUUCCUACCCUAUGCUCUGAUGGCCUUCGCGGGUAUAAUGUACAUACCUGCCCUGGGAUGGGAGUUCAUGGCUUCCACUCGUCUCACCUCUGAGCUCAACUUUCUCCUUCAGGAGAUAGACAACUGCUACCAUAGAGCAGCCGAGGGCCGUGCACCCAAGAUUGAAAAGCAGAUUCAGUCCAAGGGUCCGGGCAUCACAGAACGCGAGAGACGCGAGAUCAUCGAGAACGCUGAGAAGGAAAAGAGCCCCGAGCAGAACCUUUUUGAAAAGUAUCUAGAACGCAGAGGGCAGAGUAACUUUCUGGCUAAGCUGUACCUGGGGCGACAUUUAGCCAUUAUCUGUCUCAGCUCGAUCCCAAUAACUUACCUGAGCACAUACUACGCGCGGCAGAGGCAGAACGAGUUCACCUGUGCGUUGGGCGAGCCGCCGGACACCAGCAGCAUUCCCGAACUGCGGCUAAACGUUAACUGCAAGCUGCCAGCCGUGCAGCUCCAACGCAUUAUGGCUGCGGUAGACAUAGCAUUGCUCUGCACCAUGAACCUCAUCAUCCUCGUCAACCUGCUGCAUUUGUUCGUGGUGCGUAAAUCCAACUUCGUGUUCGACAAGCUGCACAAAGUGGGCAUUAAAACACGGCGGCGCUGGCAGAAGUCACAGUUUUGCGACAUCAAUAUUCUGGCCAUGUUCUGUAAUGAGAAUAGAGACCAUAUUAAGUCUCUCAACAGACUGGAUUUUAUCACUAAUGAGAGCGACCUCAUGUAUGAUAAUGUGGUGCGGCAGCUGUUGGCAGCGUUAGCUCAGUCCAACCACGACGCCACUCCGACAGUAAGAGAAUCUGGAGUGCAAACGGUUGACCCCAACAUGGACCCCUCAGUGCUUGGUGUGGGAGAACUAGGGGGAGAGCCAUUGGUAAUCAAAAGACCACGCAAGAAGAUCAAGUGGACCCCCACAUCUAAGCCCUUUAAAGAACCCCUGACUCUAACCAGGCUAGAGAAUAGUAUGAAAGCAGACAAACCUAAACCUGUGCGGAGGAAGAAUAUACCAGAUAGCAUUAUUGCUCCAUUGCUUGACACUAAGAGUACACAGCACCCUCCUUGUAUUAAAGCUGCUGAAGCAAAUAAUAUAGAGAAGAAACAAACUCUUAAUCUCUCGCUGGAUGUUCAUCCUUACAUGCUUACCAUCCAGAAAGCAAAAGCAGAAAUGGCCAAUUCUGAGCCACCCCCAGCUGAACACUCUCUCAGCAAUCUGUAUUUAGAGGGUCCACAUACAGUUGUCCACGUCUCUGCCUCUCUUACCAAGAAGAAAGUAUCUCCUCCACUGUCUACCACCACUGCCUUCUCCACCGAUACUCUCUCCAAUGCAUCCUAUCUGAAUGGCAGCACAACCAGCGUUCAUCCUCCACAUUCCCCAAAGGUCAAUGAUCCUCUCAAUCAGGGGACAGAGCCUGAGAGCCAGCCUGUAGCUUUCAGCAGAAACUCUUCACACUCACUGCUGAACAUCCAUCACAAUUUGUAUGAGGAGGAGGAGCAAAGCAGAAGGGACAGACUAGCCAGACCCGGCGAGCUGAUUGCUGCUGGAGAGUGCUGA